AUGGGUGUUGGCCGUCAGGUACCAAUCGAUCCAAAGUUGGCUAUCUUUCGAGCCCGCUCGUGGCUACAGGACUGUUUGAAAAAUCACGAAAAAGCUCGGUGCAACACAGCUAGACACGGUAUCCCUCAUCUGAUGCCUAGAAGGCUCCUUCAUGUUGGCAAAUCACAGAAUCAGGUCAAGCUCGUCGAUAAUUUUGCCGGUAUCCAGCAUUCAUACGUGGCUCUCUCUUACUGUUGGGGCGAGACAAGACACGUCGUUACCACUCGUUCAAAUUACACCCAGCAACUCCAAUGUAUCCCCUGGUCGGCUCUCCCUGCCACAUACCGGGACGCUAUUGAGGUUACGCGGGCAUUGGGCUUCACGUAUAUCUGGAUAGACGCCUUGUGUAUCGUUCAAGGAGACGAGCAGGACUGGAAUGCUGAAGCCGCUCGCAUGUCUGAUAUUUACGGUGAAGCAGUCGUGGUCAUCUCCGCAGUCAACGCUAACCAUGUUGGCUUUGGAUGUUUGAAUGAGAGACCAGGCUCAAGAAGCUUCAAAAAUAAGUUAAAGCGCAAUGACCACGAUCCGACUCACUUACUAGUACAGGAACCGACCAUUCACGAGAAUGUUCUAGGUACUCCGUCACUAGAGGCACAAUGGCCCCUUUUUCGUCGGGCUUGGACCUUACAAGAGCGCAUAUUGGCCAGCAGGAUCCUCCAUCUUUCUGCAGGUGAAAUGAUCUGGGAGUGUGCCAGUAUUUGCGCUUGUGAAUGUGGUCAUCUUGAAUCGACCACUGCUGUCACCUCGAGACGAAGAUACGAUCUUGCCAGGCUCGAGUCCAUGACGACCCUCGAGCGGGCCAACGCAUGGGACGAACUCGCUCUCUCAUAUCAGAAUCGUCACAUCACAAAGGACAACGAUCGCCUGCCAGCAUUGUCUGGUCUCGCCCAUCGAUUUCAGACGGACGGCCUGGGUCAAUUCUUGGCGGGCUUGUGGUCUGAGUUUGCCAUCAGUAUGAUGUUAUGGGAAGUCAGAAAGGGCCGGGUAUCGGGAGCUUCUGUGGCGCCCUCUUGGUCAUGGGCAUCGGUGCAAGGUCUUCUGACACGAAAUGAUCCGAUCGAGGAGAACAACUCAUUUCAGGCUGUCCUCAAGGAUUUCCAUUGUGAUCCAGCAACUUCGGAUCCAUAUGGAGCAAUUGUCCAAGGUUCGGGCUAUCUACAACUCCACUCUCCCGUCCUCGACGGAACCAUUGUUCGAAGCAAGACAAACAGUCACAUGAUGAUACGUUUGUCUCUCGAUAUCUUUGCUUUCUUCGUCAACGAUUCGCCAAUUGAGGAAUCUCUAGUCGGCGCAACGGUCAAAUGCCUUUUCGUCCGUGGACUUGAAACAGCACCUUCUGGAAGGUACGUCGAAGCAGUAGUACUCAGUCUGUCAAGAGACUUGGAGCACUAUCGACGAAUAGGUAUUGCGCAUCUGAGAAAGCAUGACAUCAACAGAGCGUCACAGCAAAGCCUUUACCUGUCAAUGGAGAUUGUCACCAUUCGAUGA